ACAGUUGGUUCAUCUCAUCGAUUGCAUUUGUCACAAGCAUACGCACGCUUUGCGGGCCUGUGGGUAGUAUGCUCGUGACCAACCUCGUUCCCAGGGUCUCUCAUCUUACCGCCCCUCUCUUCGCUCGCUCCAGGGGGCGGUAAGAUGAGAGACCCUGGGAGCGAGGUUGGCUCGUGACUCGUACUUGACUCGGGACUAGCUCGGGAUUCGUGGUUAUUUUGACGCAUGCUCUCAGGGGGUUUUCAAGUUUAUUCUUGCAGAAAGCCAGAAAACAACAGAGAUGUCCUUCUAACUCUGUAUUCUUUGUUUUCCCCCCUUUUCAGUCUAUGUGAUUUAAUUUUUUUUAUAAUGCGUUCAGUUAUUUUGUUAAGUGUUUUUCUCGUUGUAACUUAUUGUCGUGAAGCGCUGAGCGAGGAACUUGUUCGCCAACAACCUUCACAAGAUUUUGUGAAGUUGACCUCCUCGAGGAAGGAAAUUGCCAAACGUCGCUUUCGUCGAGAUGUACAACAAGACCCAGACACAAAUGAUGUCUCUUGUAGCGAUCCGACAAUCCAAUCUGGACAUGAAAUUAGAAAAAUGCUCUGGGUGUUUGAGAAUGAAACGAAACUUAGCAUUUCCAUGAGUUGGAUCGGAAAGCGACCUACAGGUGAAGCUUCGGCGAUGCUUCUUUUGGCUACAACGGAGUUUAUGUGGCUGUUUAGUAAACCGUCAGAUGUUUACAAAAGUGUUGACUUUGGAAAAACAUUCACCCACAUCAAUGCUGAAAUUUUCAAUACCCAAAUCAGGAAGGAUAAUGGAAUCCUAAAAAGCCCAGUGAACCCUGAUAAGGUGAUACUUGUGUCCCACACGAUUCCCUUUUUUGCAACCAAGUCUGCUCUUGUGAUGACUGAAGAUGGAGGAAAGAGUUGGAAAAAUGGUCAAGUUCCAUUUCAGAUUUCUGGACCCCUUCUCUUUCAUCCACGUAAGGAGAACUGGAUCCUUGCUCGGGCUGUUAUAAAUGGAAGGGCAGUCUUAUCAACAGACUUUGGAGUUACCUGGAAAUUUUUGAAGAGUUACGUAAGGAGCUUAAAAUGGGGUGCCAGAACAGACAAAAAAGUGGAGAAAGAGGAGAAGACAAUUCUUAUGACAGUCUCAACAGAUGCUCGGAGUUUCCUGAUGGGAGAUGCAAACUUGGUCAGGUCAAGGGAUUUGGGAGAACAUUUUGAGCCUAUCCAUGUUCAGCACGUUUACUCUUUUGGACUUCAAGGACCAUUCCUUUAUGUCUCAGUAGACCACAAUAAGAAUAACAAAACCCGCAUUAUGCAUGUCUCAAAGAAUGGCGGAGAUUCCUGGGACCCAGUGCAAGUACCAACUGUUACACCAGAGAGGUUCUAUUCCAUCUUAGACAUGUCUGAGGGCUUGAUUUUUCUUCAUGUUGAUGACCCUGGAGAUACUGGAAAAGGAGUAUUGUACACUUCGGAUUCUGAUGGGAUUGUGUUUGGCGAAUCUCUGCAACAUCACUUGUACACAAACGUCUUAGAAGUGACUGAUUUUUACAAAGUGGAGUCCAUGAGGGGCACCUAUAUUACAAGCCAGAUGAACAGUGAUAACACAGUUACUACAGUGAUCAGCCAUGAUCGCGGUGGUGAGUGGAAGACUAUUCACUUGACUGAUGAGCAGUGUAAAGGUGUCAAUUUGAAGGCAGAGGAGAAGUGCUCUCUCCAAAUCCACAAUCAAUUUAGCCACAGCAGGAUGGUGAGCUUUGCCAUGGGACCUCUGAGUGUGCCUAAUGCUGUUGGCAUCAUCAUUGCUCACGGCCAUCCAGGCAGCGCCUUGACCAGACGAGCAGAUGUGUGGAUGACGCGUGAUGGAGGCUACAACUGGAACAAGGUUCUGAAUGGUCCUCAUCACUAUGCAAUUGGAGAUCAUGGUAGUUUAAUUGUCGCUGUUCCAGCGUUCAACCCAGCAACCAACUAUCUCAUGUAUUCUGUGAAUGAAGGUCGCUGUUGGUUUAAGUACCAAUUUACAGAUCAUCAGUUCCAUGUUACUGGUCUCGUCACUGAACCAGGGGCAAAGACAAUGAGGUUCAGUUUGUGGGGCAACACUUUGCCAUCUCCUGAGUGGCAGGUUAUCACAGUAGACUUUGAAAAGGUCCUAGCAAAAGCAUGUAAAAAAGAUGAUUAUGAGAGUUGGGUUCCACAUGGAGAGGGAUCCAACCAGGGAUGCCUGCUUGGCAAGAAGGUUACCAUCCAAAGACCCAAGAAAGAGGCACUUUGUUUUAACGGAGUGGAUUAUAUUCACGAGGAGACCUCUGAAUGCUGCAAGUGCACAAAGGCGGAUACGGAAUGUGACUAUGGUUACUAUAGAAAACCAGACAGUUCUGAGUGUAAAAGGGAUGCACUAAAGCCUCCCGACCUUUGCCUUCAUGGGGACAUAGAGAAACUGAAAGACAAGAUGGGAUAUCGCCGUAUUCCUGGUGAUGUCUGCUGUGGAGGUGAUCCAGUAGUGACGGGCUUUUUAGACACGCACCAGAUCUGUAAGAACGUUUCCUGGUACGAAUAUGGAAUGGACUACCAGUACGAGACAAAAUUUAACACACGCAAGAAGGGACACAGUGAGGUUGUUGUUUUCUUGGUUAUCCCUGCGCUGUUAAUUAUUGUCGCCGCUGGUGCGUACUUCGGCAAGAAAUACUGGCAACUUGGAAAAUUGCGGCCAACUUAUCGCUACUCGCAGCUGUCGCAAGAAGACGAAGAUUUGGAAGGUUCUGAGACAUUUAAAUACCACCCCAGACCCAAAGGAUUGCGAGCUUAUCGGGAUUACGACACAAGUGAUGACGAUGCGGCUAUGAUAGACCUGUGAAGCUGCAUCGAAGCUGCUGUGAAAUUUGUUUAUCAGCCGGUUGUACAUAUUAGGUUACUGUCAGGAAUGAUCUAGUUUACGCUGCAGCAGUUAUUCGUCACGCAAUGCUACUUUCCACUGAGUGUUGCGUGACUGAGCUAAAAGGUUGUAAUUUCUUCGGACAAUAAUUCUGCUCCUUUGUACAUAAUUGUGGGAACAAGAUAGAGGUGUAUUUUGUCUUAGCAAAAUUGGUAUUUAUCGUGUUCAAGAGCUAUUUGAUGAAAGACGAGAAAAUUUGUUUCAAGCGUUAGAUCCGGCUGUAUGAAUGUUCCUUGCGCUAAAAAAUCUGAUUUACAAAUAUUUAGAAAAGAAGCUUAGCUAGAAAAGAAUGUUCAUGGUAAGAGCACAGAAUUGCACCUGCGUGACAUUUUAUCAAAGAUUAAGGAGUCACGUAAGGCGUGUCACGACACAAAAGAACAACGUGACAAUAGCAUUGUUAUAUUUUAGAAGAGCACAUAUGUGGAACACAAAUGUGUUCAGUAUUUAUCAAGGCUUUCUGUUGCUCUGUCGUUUUACAGAGACAGUAUUUUAAUAUCACUUUCAUUUAAUCAGACCUAGUACGUAAAAGUCAGCUGUGAAUGAAGUUCGUAGUCAUCGCAAGCUCUGUUUUUUGAUACCAAGUAAAUGUCUCCAAAUGGCGUGACAUUCCAGGCGAGUGACCACUGUGACAAUAUCACGCAAUGCUUGCCAGGACACGCUAGACGAGAGGAGCGCAUGCACGAAUGUGCAUCCAUGUAACCGUUUAGUUUUGAAAGAAAAACACCACUUUUAAAUUUUGUAGGAAAUAAACAUUACUUUAGUUGAUGUGAA